GUCCUUUAUUCUUCUUAUGGUUUCCAAAUCCCAGUUACUAUUUACAUAGCAACAAGGCAUUUUCCUAUGAUAAAAAAUCUACUAUAUUUUUUUCUACUUGACAUUAUUUUUGAGUGAAAAAAAAAAUGACUGAAUCUACGACGACGAAGCUUGAAGAACAAUUAAUGGAUAGAGAGGAAGAGAAAGGUGAUGAGAAACUAAGAGAAAUGUUUCUAGUAGAGCUGAAUCUUGUUCUUGUUCUCUCAUUUUUUUCGUUAUCAUCUGAAGAACGAAAAUUAGAGGAAUUUGAGAUCGAUAAUGAUAAAGAUCAUCAAGAACACAACAUUAUUUCUAAAGUUAAUUCCAAGAAACGUGGAGGAAUCAAUAAAUACAGAGCUACUGAACAUGAAUUUCCCAGGUUUCAAACCAAGAUUAAGGAUUGCAGACACUGCAGAAGAAUGUGAAGAAUAACAUCUUUGUGGCAAAAAGAAAGAAAAGGUCUUUUCCAUUUAUGGAUAGAUGACAAUGAAGAAAGAGGCAUUUGUAUUCAACUUUACAAAAGCAUUAUACACUUCUACUAAAUACUUUUGAUAAAAAAAAAUCAGCAAUUUAUAGCCAUAGCAAAAAAAGUAGAUAAAUAAAAAGUUUCGUAGUCUUAUAAAACCACAAGUAAACAAUGUAUUGACAAAUCUAGUGAUGUUUUAACUCUUUAGUUUGUCAACAUAGAUCAAAGCUAUCUAUGUCAAUGUAUAUUUGAUUUUGUUCAUGCUUUACAUGGUCAUUUCCCCCA